GUGUUGGAUCGAUCUAUGACGGCAUGGUACCCCUUGGUAUCUUGUAGACCUGUUUCCUUUUCACUAGAAGAUGUUUUGGUUUCCGAGCCCGGGUCGAGCCUCGAUCUCGGUCUCUGCCCCGAGACUCCAUGCCCGGCCUGUGCUCGAUGAUUCAACCGGUCAUCUGUUCAUGUGUUUGCUCUGCGUUCUCGGUGUUACGGCGAAAGCAACUUCCAGGCCUUUGGACUUCAUUCCGUGUCGUAUCGUGUCUUGUGUUCCAACUUUCUACGCAUGGGAGAUUUGUGGAAAAUCCUUCCAGCGCCAACGAGGAGUCGCCUGGGAUUGAUGGUUACAAGAAAGGCAUUACUGCCCCUGAUCGUUUCGGUUCAUUCGGAUUCGACCUAUGUCACCCCCGGGGGUGUGGGGCUCUGACCCUAUCUACUCCGCCGGCGUCAUUUUGUGCCUGCGAGCACAGUGACCACGAUGGUCUCCUCGACGUUUUUUGUUCAUUAAUUCGCAACCCUCUCCGCCGACGAUUCAGGGAGGCGAUCGAUCGACCUUUGCAUCCGAGCCAGUCCGUCAGUCAUUAUUUCAAUCAUCUCUUUAAUCAUGUUGUUGCUUUUGUUCUGGAAGCGUGGAAAUUAGGCAGCAUCUCCUUUGCACACAUUGUCUCAUAGUGUCGUCGUGUCUUCAUUUUUCUCUCUUUUUUCCUUCCUGCGUCUGCAGUGGUGUUUGUUAUGUGUGAGUGUGUGUGUGUAUGUACAGCGAUUUUUCUUUCCUAGAAGUGGU